GUAAAAUGAUAAAAAAUGAAAGAGUGUAAAAGUGUCAUUUGAAAUGGCAAUGACUAUGAAUCUAUGAUGCACCUAUCCAUGUAAAACUGCAACUGGCCCAAUAUGCAAACACUAUCCAUAAAGGUUUCUCUGUUCAGCCCAUUAAAGCCCACUAUCUAACCACGGUAAUUUCAUCGCCUUGUAGCUGAAACCCUAGGGAAGCUUGUUACUGCCGACUGAAGAUUCGGUGAAGAGGACCCGUUUGCUGCAGACGGAAGAUCGGCGAAAAAGUCCAAUGGGGAGAAGGCCAGCAAGGUGUUACCGCCAGAUUAAGAACAAGCCAUACCCAAAGUCAAGGUAUUGCCGUGGUGUGCCUGACCCAAAGAUUAGGAUCUAUGAUGUGGGGAUGAAGAAAAAGGGAGUUGAUGAGUUCCCCUUCUGUGUGCAUUUGGUCAGCUGGGAAAAGGAGAAUGUGUCGAGUGAGGCCCUUGAAGCUGCCCGAAUUGCUUGCAACAAGUAUAUGACCAAGUUUGCAGGAAAGGAUGCCUUCCAUCUUAGGGUUAGGGUUCACCCUUUCCAUGUCCUUCGUAUUAACAAGAUGUUGUCGUGUGCUGGGGCUGAUAGGCUCCAAACGGGAAUGAGGGGGGCAUUUGGCAAGCCACAGGGUGUCUGUGCUCGUGUUGCCAUUGGACAGGUUCUUCUGUCCGUUCGCUGCAAGGAUUCUAACAGUCAAAAUGCACAGGAGGCUUUGCGUCGUGCCAAGUUUAAGUUCCCUGGCCGCCAAAAGAUCAUUGUUAGCAGGAAAUGGGGUUUUACAAAGUUCAAUCGUACUGAUUAUGUGAACUACAAGAAGGAAGGCCGCAUUGUGUCUGAUGGUGUCAAUGCUAAGGUUUGAGCCUAUUCCUUUGUUGUACUAAAGUAACUGUUUCAUUUAACUUUCUUGUUUAUGAGAUAUCUGAUAUAAGCAACGACUUCGGAUUUCUUUUUUUGUGUUUUUCUAGCUUUUGGGGUGUCAUGGACCUCUUGCAAAACGCCAACCUGGGAAAGCAUUUAUUGACGCAGCAGCUUAAAGUUUCUGUUUUGUUUCACAAACCUCUUGAGCAAAGUCUAUCCUGUAGCACAUUAUGUUUUUUUUAUUGGAGCAAAUAUAUCCUGACAUCACUUUAUGAAAUUCUGUCUUUAGUAGGUUGGUGUUUGUUUCACUGUUUUGAUUACUUUGAUGCGUUUGCUAGUAUCAUAUUUCAAUAGUCGUGUUCUUUCCUUUUGCAUUGUCUAUUGUCUUCCUUUGAUGUUGGAAUAUCUAUGCUGGACAGUUGGAAUAUCCGGUCCUUAACGAAGUUUACACUUUGACAGUUUGACUUCACACAUGUUAAAGAAAUAAAUUUGACUUUAGUGUA